AUGCAUCCUGUUGCCCAGUCGCUCGCUCCCUUGCCAAUCAUUCGCUCCAAUGGCUCAAGAUAUACACUGCUGGCCGGCUUCCUGGCCGCCAUGGCCGCGGCUCAGCCUAAUCCUAACACGCCCGUGACUUUUGGGGACUGUGGCACAUCGCAUGUUAGUGAGGCAUACCUGGCCAUGGUGCAGAACUUCUCCCAAGGCCAAGUUCCUACAGGCUCGGAUAAUAGCCCCGUUAACAUCGACGUCUAUGCGCACGUGGUCGUGGGCAACAAAACCGAGACGGCGUUUUUAAACAACGAGACUGUCCGGGCGCAGAUGCGUGUUCUAGACGAGACUUUUGCUCCGUCCAACACGCGUUUUAACCUCGUCGACAUUGACCAGACGGUGAAUGACACCUGGUCGGUGGUCGGGCUCGGAAGCCAGGAGGAACGGACAAUGAAGCGGCAGCUGCGCAAAGGCACCUACAACGACCUUAACGUUUACUUCUUAUCGCAACCUAAAGACGAAACUGGCGUAGAAACCGGGGGCUGGUGUCCCGUGCCAGAUGAUACAAAUCUCCCAGACACCAUCGUGCUCGACGGCUGGAAGACGCUAACCCACGAAGUGGGACAUUGGAUGGGCCUCCGGCAUCCAUUUCAAGGGGGUUGUGCAGAGGAAGCCGGUGGCGACUCGGUUGCGGACACACCUGCCAUGUCUUAUGAUUCGGAAAAGCCUCAAGAGUGCAACGAUAAUCUCGACACCUGCCCAGACAAGGACGGGUUCGACCCUGUCCACAACUUCAUGGUCUACACAUCCGAUGACUGCAGAACCCACUUCACCAAGGGACAAAUGGCGAUAAUGCGUCAAUUCAUGGACUACCGUACUUCUCAAGCCUAUUACGGUCCCGGCGGUCCCGGCUAUCCUGGCCCCCCGGAGCCGGAAACAAGCCCAGACAGCACGAAGCCAGGAAAGGGGAAGCCAGACCCGGAUCCUCAGCCGAGCCAAACUGUCUCAUUUGGUCCAGAACGUACGGUUUAUCAAACUCCAGAGGACGAGGAACGUGAGCGUCAAUGGGACUCAGACGACCCCGAGCUCCUGAAAGAUAUCCUCCGACAGGCGGAGGAGGUGGAACAGCGGCGAUCCAAUUCUAGUCGGUCUCCAGAUUAA